UCGCUCCUCCCUCCUCUCCAGUCAGCUGCUACGCUACAGGUUUCUACCCUGACAGAGCCAUGAUGUUCUAGGAGAGAUGGAGAGGAGCUUCAUGAGGACGUGGACCAAGGAGAGAUCCUCUCUAAUUAAGUACUGAAAGGCAAAAUUCGCCAUUGUUCGCUGCUCAGUCUCACUACAAGAAAUGGACCCAGGAUGAGUGUGAUCUGACGGCUGUCUGUUUAUACUCCACCUGCUCACCUACCCUCAAAUCAAGAUUUUGGUUCAUUAGCUGGAUUUGGCGGGACAUCAUGGCUGUAAUGAAUAGUUCGCCGCCCCUUUUCAGGUGAAGCAUGAAUGGCAAUGAAUCUGAAACGGGGAAAAACUUAGAACGACUCGGUCCUUUACCUGUACCCCUGCAUCAAAACAAGAUGAAGUUAUUUUUCCUGCUUCUUUUCUUUGACGUUUCAUCAACAGUGAAACACUCCCUGAAGUAUUUCUUCACUAUAUCAUCUGGAAUCCCAAACUUCCCAGAGUUUGUGGGUGCGGUUCACGUUGAUAACAUUCUGACAGGUUACUGCGACAGCAUCAGAAAGAUACCACAAGUAAAACAGGACUGGGUGAAAACCUAUUUUGAUAACGACCCUGAGCACCUGGACUGGUACACUAGAGAGUGUUCAGAGAAUCGGCCGAGGGUCUUCAAAGCCAGAAUUUCUAGUUUGAUGCAGGACUUCAACCAAAGUGAAGGUGUCCACAUUUUACAGAGGAUAAAUGGCUGUGAAUGGGAUGAAAAGACUGGAGAGGUUACUGGUUUUAUGCAGUACGGUUAUGAUGGAGAAGAUUUCAUAUCACUGGACCUGAAGACACUGACAUGGAUCGCUCUGAAACCACAGGCUCUCAUCACCAAACUGAGAUGGGAUGCUGACAAAUUGAGAAUAAACCACAAUGAGAUCUUCUUCACUCAGAUUUGCCCUGUGUGGCUGAAGAAGUAUGUGGACUAUGGGAAUAGCUCUCUGCUGAGAACAGACCCUCCCUCAGUGUCUCUCCUCCAGAAGACUCCCUCCUCUCCAGUCAGCUGCUACGCUACAGGUUUCUACCCUGACAGAGCCGUGAUGUUCUGGAGGAGAGAUGGAGAGGAGCUUCAUGAGGACGUGGACCAAGGAGAGGUCCUCCCCAACCAUGAUGGAACCUUCCAGAUGAGUGUUGACCUGAAGCUGUCAUCAGUCACACCUGAAGACUGGAGGAGGUACGACUGUGUGUUUCAGCUCUCUGGCGUUGAGGACAACGUCACCACUAAACUGGACAAAGCAGAGAUCAGGACCAACUGGGUGAAGCCCACCAACAUGACCGUCCCCAUUACUGUUUCUGUGGUUGUUGUUGCUCUUGUCGUCAUCGCUGUCACUGGAUUUGUGAUUUACAAAAAGAAGAAAGCGACAUGCCCUCCAUCUUCUCCUAACAACAGCACCGAGCUCUCUGCCAAACUGGAUCCAGAAGCCUGACUGUCAGACACACUCAGUGAGUUACCUCAUACACUGUACUCCCCAUGUGACUGAAAAGGACCUGCAGGCAGGUUUAACUGACACAGGAGUGGUGGCGCACCGUUCAAAUGUGCAGUGUCAAUGCACAGAGUCUACAUGGAAGAGUCAUCAGAGGGAAACUCACCUGUAAGAUCAUUCCAAAGUGUCUGAAGUCUGCUAAGCAACAUCUGGACAAACCAGAGUCAUUUUGGAAACAGCUGCUGUUGACUCAGGUUAGGGCCUUUCCACCCAGCAGACGUGCAUCUCAAAGUUUUCUUGGUCUUCCAGAUCUUGUCUUGACUUCCACAGUUGUAGUAACUACUAUUUCUGAGUGACAUUUCAGACAGAGGAAAUUUCAAGCUGGAAGCACUUUGAUACCUUUGUAUAACCUCCCUCUGCUUUCUAGGCAUCACUUCGUUUUGGCUACUCAGCUUACAGAGUUGUUUUCAGAAGAAGAAAUUGUCUUUCUCAGUGUCAGAUUAUGUAAUCAUAAUCAUGGUCUCAUCUCUAUUGACUGGCAACACCCCGACCAAUCAUUAUUCACUUCUUUGUGUGUCACACUGUUAAGAGCAUGCCAGACUUUUUGUGGUGGUGUGUGCUUCAGUUAUGUCAUACUACAAGGCCUGCGUCAGAGGAGCCCAUGGACCAUGGAAUCACAUAAGGUGCUAGCAACUUCAAAGCUCGAGGACAUGUAAAUAAAAAAAGAAAAUUAAGCAUUUUGGUUUAAAGAGGAAAUUAACACCACUUUUUGCAAAGUACACAUAAUCACGUAGGUCAUUGUUCUAUUAUUAUAUUAAUACAGAUUUUUCAGACAAUACACAACUAUGUACAAAACUGCCUUUUCUGCUUGGAUUUACACACGUGUGUCCUAUUAAAGUUGAUAGGUCAGUGAAGCUGAAUUCUGUGGCCUCUCCUCACCUGUGAAGACAUAGCCUGUGUUUUCUAAUGUGACGUUAAGUGAUGCCAAGUCAUUAUGAUGUUAAUGUUGUUUUAAUUUCUGCAAUCAGAAUACUCAAUGAUUACUUGUAGAGUUCAUUAGGGCCCAUGCAGAGUAGUUCUGUCAUAAACAAGUAUAGACACAUUUUUGCACUGAGGCAGGUAAACAAGUGCAGACAGAUUAUAAGGAGCCUCAGGCAGGAUCAGGUGUCGCAACAACAGGUAACAAACAUUUAUGUGAAAAACACAAAUCUUUUCACAAAUUCUGGAAGCUACCAGGACACCGCCAAUGCGUCGACACACACACCUCCCUAAUCUCAACAACAUGUCAUGUGUACCUGUGCAUCCCUCCUGUUGGGCUGAAAAACAUUAACCAACUUUUUCAUUGAAGUACAGGAGGGUCAUGCAGACAUCUCAGACUGACUUCUGUCAGCUUUUCAGGUUUCAGCAGGUUCCAGCCUUGAAGGUCUAGAAAAACAUGGAGAAAGUUUUGGGGAUUUUUUUUGAGAUCAUCAAAGCAGCAAGUCAGUGUUUGGACAUAGUAGGCACAGUAGGGGGCAGUGUUUUUUGCCCCAGCGCAACUCACAAAAUAUGACUGAUGUAUUUCUCUGGACUGUAGGUAAUCUGCAAAUGCAAAUGUGGGUCAACAAUAACCUACUCUGAGAAUAAGGAUGCUGUAGUUUAUGUAACCAGGCCCCUCAGCUUCUCUCCACAGACUGAAAAACUUCUCUUUGGUUUAAUUGGAGAGAUUUUGGUUUCAUUAAUUGGAUUUGACACUGUGAGAUUUUAGCGACUCAAAAAUUUUCUGAAGUGGGAUAUCAGGAUUCUUAAAAUAACAUCUAAAUCUUAAUAUCAGACAGAAUAAUGAAGACAGUUAUUUCAUAUUUCCCCAUGUGUUUCAAGUUCACCUUUUGAAUUUUAUUUAUGUAGUUUUAGAGGGACAGCUGCCACAUGAAGGUUAAAUCAUAAACGCUCUAAGAUGGUCACAGAUAGACUAUAUAGAAUAUUUGAUGGGUUACCUUGUCAUACAGAACAUUAUUAGAACACUUAUUGUGGAAUAAGGAUAAGCUGACCCCACUGGUCUGAUUAAAACUGGCCAACUUGACUGCACUUUGUACAGAACUCAGAAAGAAGUGACUUGAGGGUCUGUUGAGUAUAAUUCAUCUGAGAUGGUUCAUCUUGUAUAAUGUAUGAUGUGUCCACCGUUUCUCCAGGUGCUUUUCCUGGUACCACUUUCACAUUCACAUAUUUGGAAUGGCGUUCUACAAUAUGAAAAGAGUCCUGAGAACUGCUGUUGUGAUUUGGGGCUAGAUAAAUAAAACCAACUUGACUUGACAUAAGUAUUUCACUGAAACUCA